UUUGUUUUCGUUGGUUCGCAACUCGACUUUGUAUAUGAUAAACAGGUUAAUUUGUUCAAAUUCCUGCCUGUCGCUCAGUGCGUGAUUGCUGCUCCAAAUCCGAAGUCGUCGUAAUGUUGCGUAACAGGCUGAUAGAUGCAGCCAGGCGGAUGAAGCCCAUCCUCUGCGGGGUUCAAUCCCUUCGAUCCCUCAGCCAAGGGGCGCCAUCGAAGCUGACCACCAUAGAGGUGGAUGAUAAAAGUGGAAUCGCCACCUUGUCGAUGAAUCAGCCGCCGGUGAACACUCUGACCAUGGAGCUGAUGCACGACCUCAUCGAUUCGAUCAAUCAGAUCGAGAGCAACCGGAGCCGCGGACUCAUCCUGACUUCGAGCAAUGACAAAGUCUUCUCCGCUGGCCUCGAUCUCAACGAGCUGCUGAAUCCGGAAGUGGAGCGCUUUAAGCUAUUCUGGACCCGGUUUCAGGAUCUGUGGCUAGCCCUGCAUCUUUGUGGUAUUCCCACAGCUGCCGCCAUUAAUGGUCAUGCUCCUGCCGCCGGCUGUGUUUUGGCCACUGCCUGCGAGUACCGGGUGAUGCUCCCCGAUCUGUCCAUUGGGAUCCAUGCCACCCGUUUCAGCUUCGUCAUCUCCAAGUGGAUGAUGCACUCGUACCAGAGCGUUUUGCCCCGUCGAAUUGUGGAGAGGGCUCUGAACCAGGGCAAGCUCUUUGCCACCCAGGAGGCUCUGGAGGUGGGCCUCGUCGACGAGGUCUCGAGCAGCAAGGAGGAGGCGCUGUCCAAGUGCGCCGCCUUUGUGGCCACCUUCGACAAGGCCAAUCCCCUGGCCAGGAGCCUAACCAAGCGCAUGUGCCGCGAUCCGGAUGUGCGGGAUUUGCUCAAGGAUCGGUCGGCGGAUCUGAAGGAUUGCGUGGACUAUGUCACAUCUUCACAUUUCCAGGAGGGACUGUGCAACCACCUUAAGGGUCUUAAAAAUAGGAAAUAGAGGAGCUCCUCAAGCUAGGUGAUCAAAUUGCAUUUAUUAUAUAAUAUAUGUACGUGUAUAUGUGUCUAUUAAAGUUGUCAAUCCGAA